AUGGAUGACGCGGCGUGGGGGGCAUUGAAGGAAGAGUUCCCCGGCGACUGGACCUGGAUGAUACUAUCGCUCGUACCCAGCUGGAUGCUCCCUGAAUGCGCGGCAAAGCACUCCGUGGGGUACUGUCGUAGCUGCGCAAUGAAGCCGGCUACUUCCAUGGCCGCGGGUGUCCAGUAUAGCUGUCCGACUUCGGGCUGCGGUCACGUCUAUACCCCCGAUCAGACAAGGCUCCUUGCUCGCUUCGCCUUGAGAUUAUUGGCGGACAAGCCAUCUUUGUUUGAGGUAUCAAAGCGCACGUCGAGCAACCAGGGCGAGCAAAGCUUAGGAAAUUCAGGUCUCCCGGAGUCUGAAGCCACUCGCCACGAGUCUAUUUUCCUCCCCAGAAUGUGGCCCCAACCGUACGACGAUAAACACAGGGCCCCCGGCGCAAUCCUCCUCUACGGGCCUCCAGGCACCGGAAAGAGCGAUCUGGUCAAGGCUCUUGCGAAGAAGGUCAACCACACAUUUUUGACCAUGAGCCAGGUGCCAUUGUACCAAGUCCUCGAGCCUGAAGAAUUCAUUCGGGAGCUGUUCGCUAAAGCAAGGGAGAAAAAGCCAGCUAUCAUCUUUUGCGACAAGAUUGAUUCUAAUUGGGAAGACUUCUAUUACGGAUAUGAUGGAAAAGAAAAGGGUUUGCGGAUGAUAGCGGAGGUUCUGUCCCAGUUGGGCGACAUGGAUAACACCAACGCGGGGGUGGUAGUUGUCGCGACUGCCACUCUGCCGUGGGAACUUGAUCCCGCAGUGCGCACGCGCUUCGACCGGCGGGUGUAUAUUACCCUUCCCGACCACCAGGCCCGAAUGGAGUUAAUCAAGGUCCAUGCUGGGAAAUGGGGGAAUAUGCUGUCGGAGGCGGACCUCUCUAAGGUCGCUGAGAUGACGAACGGAUAUUCGAAAACAGAAAUGUCCCACCUUACCCAGCUUGCGCUGAUAGCCUCGACCAAGAAGAUGCGCACAGCUGAGUAUUUCAGAAUGGUAACCGUGUCCGGAAUAGCCAUGUAUGCUCCAUGCAAAGCUGAAGAUGGCGGCGCGAUGCCAAUGACGUUGAGGACGCUGCCCAUUGGUGCUAUGCCACAGCACCCUCCCCUGACUGCCGAUGAUUUCCUCGAGGUCAUGAGGGUAGGGCAUGUGAAGCUAUCCACCGGCAUGAAUGACCUCUCCAGGUACGAAACAUGGACCAAAGAAUUCGGGGUUUGGGAGAAUGCAUCGGCACCCGGAGAUCCGCAAAUCCCACAGCCGCCAGGCGUGAUCGAUCCCAACGAAAGCUUGAGAGACCAUACAAGCACCGAAGCAUCACAAGCUCCAAGGACAACUCUAGAAUCAUUUCCGGCACGGCAAGGCGAGCUUGAAUCAAGUUAUAAAUUUGAGCUCACGGACAUUACUGUAGACAUUGUGGUUAAACGCGUCGAAGAGAUCGACAAGGGCAUUGCGCUGCUAAGCUCACUUUACACCCAUCACAACACAGACAUGACCAUCAUCUUCGUGGGAAGCGAGUUCAGAGCCAACGAUCUAGUGGAGUUUCUCGACCGACGCGGAGUUUCGGCCAGGUCCCUAGUCCGCGAACAUCUUCUGGAUGAGGAUAAUGUUUGUCGCCUUGUUAAUUUGGGUCGUUUGCCCGUUCUCGUCACCGAUCAUCCCGAGGUGCCGGGUGUCAGUUUAUCGGUUAGAAGACACAUCAUCACGUACGACUUCCCUGCGGACUUCAGUGGAUAUCUGGAUCAGCUUGGCCUUGCGCACAAGGGAAAGUCGACAACAUUCGUCAAUAAAAGCAGCAAGGGCGUUGUCUCCGGUCCGAUAGACAAGUUGAGGGCCAUCGGUGUAGAGGCUCCCGAUUUCAUGGAGGCUAUCGCCCGCGAGUCUAAUUAUUGA